UCAGAGUUGUCUUUUGGCUCUGCGGCAUCCAUGCUUCUAUCAUGGCUAACAGGAGUCGGGGCUGGAAUUGCCUUCCUGCACUUCAUGCAGAAACUCUUGUUCCCUUACUUCUGGCACGACUUCUGGUACCUGCUGAAGGUAGCGCGCGUUGGACUGCGGAUCGAGAUGUUCGGACUGAGAGGGGAGCUGGUCACUGUGCUGGAUAAAUUCCUGAGCCAUGCUAAAAGGCAGCCCCACAAACCUUUUGUCAUCUAUGAGGGAGACGUCUACACCUAUCAAGAUGUGGACAGAAGGAGCAGUAGAGUGGCCAGUGUUUUCUUGAACCAGUCCACGCUGAAAAAGGGGGACACGGUAACCCUGCUGAUGAGCAAUGAGCCCGACUUUGUCCACGUGUGGUUCGGCCUGGCCAAGCUGGGCUGCGUGGUGGCCUUCCUCAACUCCAAUAUCCGCUCCAAGUCCCUCCUGCAUUGCAUCUGUAGCUGUGAACCCAGGGCCCUCGUGGUGGGCGAAGAUUUGCUUGGAACUAUAGAAGAAAUCCUCCAGAGUCUUCCAGAAGACAUUACUGUUUGGGGGAUGAAAGAUUCCGUUCCACAAGGCGUGAUUUCACUCAAGGAAAAACUGAGCACAGCGCCUGAUAAGCCUGUGCCACGCAGACACCAUGUUGCCUCAAACCUCAAGUCUACUCAUCUUUAUAUUUUUACCUCAGGAACAACAGGUCUGCCAAAAGCAGCUGUGAUCACUCAGCUGCAGGCUUUAUGGGCUUCUGCUCUGUUGUGGGCUUUUGGUUGUACUGCUGAUGAUAUAAUUUAUAUAACCCUUCCUCUGUAUCAUAGUUCAGCGUCUCUCCUGGGAAUUGGUGGAUGUAUUGAGUUAGGUGCCACUUGUGUGUUAAAAAAGAAAUUCUCAGCAAGCCAAUUUUGGAAUGACUGCAAAAAGUAUAAUGUGACCAUAUUUCAGUAUAUUGGAGAACUUUGUCACUACCUUUGCAAACAACCUAAGCAAGAAGGAGAAAAGGAUCAUCAAGUGCGUCUGGCAAUUGGAAAUGGUGUACGGAGCAAUGUAUGGAGAGAAUUUUUAGACAGAUUUGGAAAUAUUAAGAUGUGUGAACUUUAUGGAGCAACUGAAGGAAACAUUUCUUUCAUGAAUCACACUGGGAAAAUUGGAUCACUUGGGAGAACAAAUUUCUUUUACAAACUUCUUUUUGCUUUUGACUUGAUAAAAUAUGAUUUUCAGAAAGAUGAACCCAUUAGAAAUGAACAGGGCUGGUGCAGUAGUGUGAAAAAAGGAGAGCCUGGACUUCUGAUUGCUCCAGUGAGUGCGCAGCAUCCAUUCUUCGGUCAUGCUGGGAAUAAGAAGUAUACAGGAAAGAAAUUGCUUUAUGAUGUCUUUAAGAAGGGAGAUGUUUACUUUAACACAGGAGACUUACUAGUGCAAGACCAGGAUUUCCUUUACUUUUGGGACCGUACUGGGGACACUUUCAGAUGGAAAGGAGAAAAUGUUGCAACCACAGAGGUUGCUGAUAUUGUUGCAAUGUUGGAUUUCAUACAGGAAGCAAGCGUAUAUGGUGUAGUUGUACCAGAUUUUGAAGGAAAAACAGGGAUGGCUUCGAUUAUUUUAAAACCAAAUAAGUCGUUAGACCUGAAAAAAUUUUAUGAUCAAGUAGUAACAUUUCUGCCAGGUUAUGCCUGCCCACGGUUUUUAAGAAUUCAGGGAAAAAUGGAAACAACAGGUACCUUCAAACUACAGAAGUUCCGAUUGGUAGAAGAAGGAUUUAACCCACUGAAAAUUUCUGAUCCACUUUACUUUAUGGAUAACUUGAAAAAAUCUUAUGUUCCACUGACCAAAGAACUUUACCAUCAAAUUGUAUUAGGGGAGAUAAAACUUUAAAAUAUUGUAUAUAGGGGAUUUUCAUAUGCUUUAUUAGAAACAGUGAGAGGAGAAUAUGUCAUUUUUCAUUAUGAAAUGGGAAACAGGAACUAACAUUAAUUAAACAAGUACUGUGUUUCCUUAAUCUGCAAAAACUUUAAUUAAGAAUUUUAAUAUGUUUUAAUUGAUAUAAAUUUUAAUAGAUUAUCCUUUUUACCCAUUUUGGGAUUCAGUUCAUACCUAAAUAUUUGCCAUAAUUUUAAAGAUUUUAAGUAGAUAAUAUAAGUGAUUAACAGUAUAGACACUAAAAAUAUAGUUUUAUAAUAUUUAAAGAUUCUAACUUUGAAUAAAUGGUUGAAUUUUAUUCAAAUAUUUGAUUUUUAUGCAUCCUGUAAUUUA